UCCCUUGCAUGGCCUGGACUUGACACAGAGGCCCAGCUGCAGAUGCAAACCACAGGAAGUCACGGGUCUUGGGUGUGGACCUUAAACUCUGACUGGCUAACGUUUCCCAGCCCUACUCCCUCCUGUCUCUGGAAGGCUGACCUAUUGUCCCACUGGGGUCAGGAUGUCCACUCGUCUCUUCUUGAAGCGCCCACAUGUGUCUUUCUCUUGUUCCCAGCAGAGGGAUGAGGGAGUGCUCAGCCCCAACACUGACGGCCACGGCAGGAAGAAGGAUGGGCAGCCCCAGAGUUCCGGCAAGGGCAGCAGCAGCGGCAGCAGCCACCUGGCCUAUGGCGUCUUGGACAUCCCUCCGUGGUAUCUCUGCAUCUUUUUUGGGAUCCAGCACUUCCUCACAGCCCUGGGGGGCCUCGUGGCCAUACCGCUCAUCCUGGCCAAGGGCCUGUGCCUGCAGCAUGACCCUCUGACCCAGAGCUACCUCAUCAGCACCAUUUUCUUCGUCUCUGGAAUCUGCACUCUCCUGCAGGUGUUUUUAGGAGUCAGGCUCCCCAUUCUCCAGGGAGGCACGUUUGGUUUCGUGGCACCCUCUUUGGCCAUGCUCUCCCUUCCAGCCUGGAAAUGCCCAGAGUGGACACUCAAUGCCAGCCAGGUGGACACCAGCUCUCCUGAAUUCACCGAGGAGUGGCAGAAGAGGAUCCGAGAGCUGCAGGGCUCCAUCAUGGUGGCUUCCUGCGUGCAGAUGCUGGUGGGCUUGUCAGGCCUCAUUGGCUUUCUCAUACGCUUCAUCGGGCCCUUGACCAUCGCUCCGACCAUCGCGCUGGUGGCCCUGCCUCUCUUCAACUCCGCAGGCAACGAUGCCGGAACCCACUGGGGGAUCUCCGCCCUGACUAUCUUCCUCAUCGUGCUGUUUUCUCAGUACCUGAAGAAGGUCGCGGUGCCGGUGCCUGUUUACAGAGGAAGGAAGAAACGUCGCACCGCCAAGUUCUACGUGUUUCAGGUCUUCCCUGUGCUGCUGGCCCUCUGCCUGUCCUGGCUCCUCUGUUACGUGCUCACCAUCACCGACGUCCUCCCUUCGGCCCCCACCGCCCCCGGGUACCUGGCCCGCACCGACUCCAGAGGCAACGUCCUGAGCCAGGCCCCUUGGUUUCGCUUCCCUUACCCAGGACAGUGGGGCCUCCCGACCGUCAGCCUGGCUGGGGUCUUCGGGAUCAUCGCCGGUGUGAUCGCUUCCAUGGUGGAGUCCGUGGGUGACUACUACGCCUGUGCGCGGCUGGCAGGGGCCCCACCCCCUCCGAAGCAUGCCAUCAACCGUGGCAUCAGCAUCGAGGGCCUUGGCUGCCUGCUGGCGGGGGCCUGGGGGACAGGGAACGGCACCACCUCGUACAGCGAGAACGUCGGGGUGCUGGGCAUCACCAGGGUGGGGAGCCGGAGGGUGAUUGUGGCCGCAGCCUGCGUGCUGCUCCUGAUGGGCGUGUUUGGGAAGAUCGGGGCUGCGUUCGCCACCAUCCCAACCCCUGUGAUCGGAGGCAUGUUCCUCGUCAUGUUCGGGGUCAUCAGUGCCGUGGGGAUCUCCAAUCUGCAGUAUGUGAACAUGAACUCGUCCCGGAACCUCUUCAUCUUUGGCUUCUCCAUCUCCUGUGGCCUUGCCAUUCCCAGCUGGGUGAGCCGGAAUCCCGAGAAGCUGCAGACAGGGAUCCUCCAGCUGGACCAGAUACUCCAGGUGCUGCUGACCACAAGCAUGUUCGUUGGGGGGUUCCUGGGCUUUCUCCUGGACAACACCAUCCCAGGAAGCCAAGAGGAGCGAGGCCUCCUGGCCUGGACUCAGAUGCACGAGGAGUCUGGGGUGACGUUGCAGGCCUCGGAGGUCUACGGCCUGCCCUGGGGCAUUGGCACCCGGUUUUGCACCUGUGCGUGGGCCCGAAUGCUGCCCUUCUGGCCUGGGCCGAACCAGGAGGACGCUGGCCGCCAACCGCAUCGCUCUUUGCUCCUGAGCACCGUUAGCAGAGCCCCUGGAGAGCGCCUAGACACCAGGAUCUGAGGACAGCGGGCCCUACACACCAGGCCACCGGGGAGCACCAAUCCGGGUGGCGUCUGGGUCCCAGAUCACUGCAGGCCGCAGUGCAUCCUUCUGCCGUUCUCCCAACUCUGGCUCGGAUCAGCUCACGGAGGUCCAGCAGAACUCUGCUUUUCCACCAUGCAGUACUUGGACGGAAUGGGAGGAAAAGGGAGACAGAGGGUGGGCUCCUUGCUGAAAGGUGACACGGCACGGGUGUCUUUUCCAAAGAGGCGGCAGGGCUCUGCGGCAUCGCCGUCCUCCACUCCUAAUCUCUCCGCUGAGGCUUGUGCUGUGCAGCGUGAGGAGCACCCCAGUGGCCCGCACCUCCUCCCAAUUCCUGGGGAGCCAGCCCCUCCCAGCUUGGGGACCCCAGCCCGGCCACCUCUCCCUGAGCAGAGUUCAGGCGGGACAGUGGCUGAGAUCUGUUCUGCUGUGGCUCCCACCUUUCCCCUCUUCCCUUCCAUGUCCCCUCCAGGAGUGAAUGGGCCCUGGGGACCCCAGAGCCACAGGGUGGCAGCUAUCAGACCCCUUCCAGGAAGAUAAGCGGAACCAGGUCAAGGGGGCCAAGUCCCCCGUGAGAAGGGGGUGGAGGCCCGAGGCCCCCUGGGCCAUUUCCGUUUUCCUUCUGUGGUUGCCCCACAAUGCCUUGCAGCCUUCCAGGCCACAUCAGUUGCCCACAGCUGCUCCGGGAGAUGCUUGCUUUGGCUGUGGCAGGCUUCAGAUGGGGGCAUGUUCCAGAUGAGGACUCUGCCCCUCUGUAGCCCUCCUUGGUCAGGUCCAAGAGGGGCCCCACCCCUAUCCACGACCAAACAGAAAGUCCGACUGCACAGGAGCGCGCCGGCCUCAUUUCCUUCAUGAAUAAGCCAUACCCUUAUCGGAUUCCGUCUGUGCGCUGUUCCCCUUUACACGGCAGCAAGGCUCUAAUAAAGUCUCUUUCUGCGCGGCACAUUCUUGCCUAUCCUACCAUCUCCAGUACAGCACGCUGAGCUGGUACAAAGAGCUGGUAACGUCAGAGGCCACUGGCUCUGAAAGUGGCCAGUAGCCCAAGCUGGUAGCACCAAAGCUAGCCAGCAACAGAGAACAGCAGGAAGGGCUGGAGAACUGCCGGCAGCUGCCACCUCCGGUGGUCAGAAGAGCUCCUGCAAAUGUAAAACUGUAACUCAGAGCAGGCGACGGACUUACUUUAUUGGCUCUUGGAACUGGGAGAGAAGGAGCCAGGAAGUGCCAGGAAUCAUAGGAGGAUCCAAAGCCCCAGAGCCUGGAGGUUGACACCCGAGCCCCAGCCCCUCUCCCGCUGUGCACACGCACGCACACUCCAUCCCCUGUCACGGCUUCUGCCUGCCCGUGGGCUCCCUCCCCGCCCACUGCAGAGAAGGUGACGGCCACAGGCCACCCAAGUGCACAGCUACCAUCGUGUCUGCAAAGACAAAAGGAAAGCCUCCUUCCCCACACCCGCUCUAGGGAGAAUCUGUCUCCCUGUCUUUUCCGGUGCGGGCCUGUGUUCCUUGGCUGGUGGCUGCUUCUCCUAGCCUCAAAGUGUGAAUAACACUCUGGCCUCUGACUUAUUGUCCUACUCCAUCCUCUUUGACUUUUAGCCUUCUUUUACUUUAUACUUGUGACUGCAUUUAGGGCCCAUCAUCCUGGAUAAUCUCCUCCUCACAAGAUCUCUAAGCCAUCUCAUCUGCAGAAUCACCGCUAGGGUGACAGUUUGGUGCUUAGGACAUGGAUGUCUUUGGAACAAAUUCAGUCCCUAAAUAAAAUCCUGCAUUAGUUGCA